AUGCUUGAUAGACAUCGAUUAGUUCCACAUUUUAAAGAACAACUAACAGAGGUUGUGAAAGUAUUGACUCAUCAUGAAAAACGUUUUCAAAAAACUCGUAAAGAAAAAAUAACAGAUUUAAAUAAAUUCAAACCUGGUGAUCAUGUUAGUUUUUAUAAAACCGAUUUUUACUAUGCUCAUCAUGGUAUUGUAUGUGAAGCACGUACAAAUUAUCUUCGUGUUAUACAUUAUUUUAAUACAUUAGAACAUGCACGCACUGCAUUAAUGAAAGGUUCAGUUUAUAUAGCAGCAAUAAUUGAAAGUGAAUGGCCUGUAAAUAUGAAAAGUACAAGUGAAGAUGUUUAUUUACAUCAUUAUGAUAAUAUUACAUGUUUUUCAAAUGAAGAAACAUUACAACGAGCUUUUUCACAACUUGGUAGACGUGGUUAUUCAUUAAUAGGAAAUAAUUGUGAACAUUGGUCACGUUGGUGUCGAACAGGUGAACAUUAUUCGGAACAAAUUAUUAAAUUUCGUAGUUUAGUUAAAGAAAAAUCGGCAACAUUAUUAAUUGUUGAUCCAACAGCAUUAUUAGUCAAAGAUAUAGCUAUGGUUAGUGUUCGUACAUUUGGACAAUUUUUAAGUGCAAUUGGUUCGGGUUUUAUUUUAACGACUGUUGAAUCUCUUUCAGCAUUUAUUGAUAUUAGAAAAAAGAAAAAUGAAAGAAAAAAAGGAACUUUAAGUGAUGUUGCAUUGAAAAAAUAUGUAGUUAGACGUGUAACAUCAGCAUCAACAACUAUUGUUGGUGGAACAACUGGUACCAUAGUUGGUACAAUUCUCAUUCCUGUUCCUAUACUUGGUGCAACUGUUGGCGGUAUUGUUGGUAGUGUAGGUGGAAAACUUAUUGGUGGUGUAUCUGGUAUUGCAUUAUCAAAAAUUUUAGAAGUCUAUGAAAAAGUAAAAGCAUCAAAAAUUAAAAAAAUGACGACUAUACCACAAUUAAUGGCUUCUAUAUCACCUGAAAGUCAACUUAUCCGUGGUUUAAUGACGAUCGCAUUAGAUAAAAAAGAGGAAGAAGAAGAAGAACAGAUAGCAACUGUUAUUGAACAAGCAAUGAAUUCAAAUUCUUCGUCUUCAUCAUCAACAUCACUUUAUCCCUCAUUGGAUGAAUUUCUUCAUGAUAAUGAUAAUAUUACCAAAGAAAAAUGUCAAAAAGCACAAGAAUUAACAACUGAAUUAUUUACUGAUGAUAAUUCAGUUGAAUAUUUUAUAUUAACACCUAUACCCGAUGAAAAUGCACCUGAAGAAUUUGCAUCAUCAACAGAUUUACUUGUACUUCGAUGGCCACUGGAAGCACUUAAACCAUGGGAAUCAGAUGGAGAAAAAGUUUUAGAUAUUGAUGAAUUAAACAAAAAAUAA